AUGAGAAAGAAUUUACUCUUUGAAUAUGAAACAAUGGCUGUUUGUUGCUUCCCGCAAAAUAUUUGUUUCGUUUAAAAAGUGAAUCAACAAAAGUGUUGUUUAAACAAUAUUGUGUGUGUUUUGUGGAUUCAGUUGUGGAAUUGACUUUCAUUGACUACUGUUUUUAAAUGGUUCAUGUUUGUUAAAGGAGUGAGUGAGGUCAUCGAUGGGCUUAUCGAACUACUAAGCUUUUGUUGGGCGUGAUGUCUGCUGAUCAUCGCUAAUGACCAAGUGAAUACCUGCCUGGAAUUGUUUUCGCGCGGGUGCAACAGACCUUGCGACGACGCCGUCAUGACGCUGCACUGGUGGAUGCACUGGUUCUGGGUGACGAUGUUGCUGUCUUUAAUAGCAAGCAGCGGAAUAGCGGUCGGUGCGCCGCAAUCUGGGGUUCUUCAGCCCGCGCCGACGGUUGCCGAGGAGGCUGAGACGAUGCAACCUCACGUGGAACGCCAGCCGCGCGCCAUGUACUUCACCAAGGCCGCGCCCCUCCCCCUCCCAUAUACACCACCUACAACCACCAACACAAACACCACCGACACUACACCAAUAACAACCAUGGCACCGACUACCAACACCACCGAACCCACACAACCAAACACCACCCAAGUAUCGCCAGUAAAGUGGACAAAAAUCAACACGACUGACAUCACCAAUGCAAGCAUUGGACUACAAAAUACAACAAAGAAUACAACGCUACUAACAUUAAUAGACCCACUAACAGAUCCACAGAACGCAACGUUCAGUUCACGAAAGCGAAAUCUGACACCCGACUCAGUAAGGGACGACACGAAUCUCGAAGGGAUAUCGGAGAGCAGGAUCGUGACGGAGAAACCGCUUUCUUUAGAAACGACGUUGCUGCAGACAAAGAUGCCGCCAAUCAUAGAAUCUUCUAGACAAAUAAUAGAGCAGGGGAACAGGAUGGACACUGGCGCGAUCGCUGGUAUAUCGUUUGCUGCGUUGGUGCUGACUGCGUUGGCUGGCAGUACAGGCUUCGUGUUGUACCGACGCCGGUACCUCAACAAGCCGCAGACCCUCAACGAUAAGUGUUCCAAUCCUGACUCCAGUGGGUACCUGGACGACAGCACUAUUAGAGACAACUCUGAAGAGAUGUACAGUCUUGAUAACGAUUCCUUCCUUAACUCUUUGGAGGCGAUGACCAUCCAGAAUUACUGGACCGACACCGUCAAGCACACCAAACUCUAGUCGAGACCAAUUUAUGAUGGACAACUUUCGACUGUGCAAGGUCUUGUAAAUGUUUUGGCAACUAUUCUCCAACUAAACUUACAACCCUAAUUGUGGCACUACUAAAUUAAUUGUUUGUAGAGAUUUUUUUUAAAACAGACCAUUUUUAUGUUGUUGUAGACAACUUCAGUGAUUGGAAAAAAAAACAUGAAUUUAAUUAAAUUCUACCUAUGUUAUCUAUGAAAUUGAAAUUGUGAA